AGCGCUUGUCCUUGGUUCCGUCAAGUAUCGUCGCCAUACAUGCACAGCAGGUCUCGGUAGCAUUUCAAGUUUCGAGCACUGGAUUCGCACGCUGAAUAAUCACGUUCCUUCGUACCCUCAAAGCAGGACUGUCCGCUCUAAUCGGGCCUUCUGUCCACCCACGAAGCAAACCCCAUCAACGGAUUAAGGUGCCGACCGUGAACGUUUCCAUGGAGCCCUCCCCUGACCUGUUGGUAAGUUCCUGGCACCCGGCAUUUGCUCAAGGAGGUCGACCAUUUUUGUUGCUGUCCAACCAGCGACCAGAUUAAUCGAGUCAGCCAUUUUGACUUGAAUUCAGUAUGCUGCCACAUGGUACGAACAGCAAAGCAUUUCUUCACCGUCUGCGUCAAAUUUGUUGAGACCAAAUUACAGCGACGAUGGAGCGGCGAGCGUCGUCUACCUGCGCUAGUUUCCUGUCCAACGACGGCAGCGACGACCUGGUCGUGCGCUUCCAGUGGGGUGGCGAGCCUAUUGGCCUGGAGCUCAUGCGGUCGCCACCUUCCACGGCAGUGCACACCGUUUACUGGGGCGCCGACCCGCUCGGCGUCACUUUAGGCAUUGAGGAAACGUCUCGACGCGUAAUUGUGACGCGCUCCACACGCGCCGACGUGAACACGGGUGACGUACUGCUUGAGGCGCAUGGAGAGCCCAUCACUGAAGCCAAUUUCGCGCCGCGCAUGGCCGUUCUCAAGCAGGAGCGCGAGGUGAGCCCGGUCCCGUUCGUGUUCGCGCCGCCUCCGCCUCCGGUGCACGUCAAGAAAUGCGAGGGCGCGCUCAAAGAGGCCGGUGUGGACUCGAGCUUCGAGCUGCGGUAUGUGGACGGUCGAGUCGUCCGCUACCUCGAGAUGAUGGAGCUGAACGUGCUCAUCCGCAACUCACACAAGCCGUGCACGAUGGCGUUCGUGCAGACCAAGGAUAAGCAGUUCUACGGCGUAUUGCAGAAGCAGGAGCAGCAGCGGCGCAAGCAGCAGCAUACUAGCCAAGCGGCAGCAGCCAGUGCCGGACUGGCUUUGGCGGCGGCCCUCGUCGUUAACAUGACAUGAAGAGGGGGCACGUACAAUGUAUACCAUAUAGGGGUAGCGGAACGAGCUCGUUCCAGCUCGUAGGCUCAAGAGAUGCAGCGUGGUGCUACAGGAAGCACAUUGAUAAAUUGAUUGUAAGGUGAACUUCUAAGCUUGAGUUCUUGAGAGCUUGAUCGACAGGAAAACUUUUUGCUACCAUGUAAAUUUGAUUUCUGUCU